AUGGCUAAUCGUCGAUAUUCAACAGACCAAUACAAUACUAUCACACCACAACCAAAAACAUCGUCGCAUUCCGAAACUUUCAAUCCAAAUUGCGCUUUAUCACAGCAAUCACAUGCUAACACCACCAAAAAACAUUUCUUCUUCUCCACUAGUAAUAUUCGUUUCUGGACUACUGGUCGAUCCGGAAAGAAAACAUCUAGAGAGAAAUUAUCAAAUUCUGCCUCUGAUAUUGUUAAUCAUGGCGAUCAAUUGCGUUAUGUUAAAGAAGAACGGAAUACAUUGCGUAGAAUUGUCGAGCAGUGGGAUUUAAUGGUAACGGAAUGCGCACUUGUCUGA